AUGGCUGAACUCUUUGAGGAAAGUGUUGCAUUUAUUAAUAGUGUACCUAAGGAUGUAAAUUUGCCUAAUGAUAUUAAGUUAAAUUUGUAUAAAUAUUAUAAGCAGAGUACAGUAGGUAAUUGUAAUAUAAAGGUACCAAGUAAAUUUAAAGUUACUGAUAGAAGAAAAUAUGAGGCUUGGAAAUCUGUAGAAAAUUUAAAUAAAGAAGAUGCAAAAAAAAGAUACGUUGAACUUGUUAGUGCGUUAUUUCCUUAUUGGAAAGAUGGGGAAUAA